AUGGCAGCUGACAAUAGUACUGACAGGAUCAAGUUUCAUAAGGAUGGGCCUUUUUUCGUGAUAAAACUGGACGAUCCGGGAUCUUUAAAUGCGCUUGGGGGUCCCGAAUACCUUUAUCUGGCCGAACUGCUUGAGAAGGCUGAUCAAGAUCCCGAGAUUUAUUUCACUGUAUUGCAAAGCAGUGGCAGAUUCUUUUCCAGCGGCGCAGAUUUCCAAUCGAUUUUGAAGGCGCAGAAGAAGGACUCGAGUGAACCGGAGCUUAACAAAUGGUUGAGUUAUUUUGUCUCACGUAAUGUCUAUGUGACUGAUAUGUUCUCUAGACAUAGCAAAGCUCUCAUAUGUUGCAUGAAUGGACCUGCUAUUGGUAUGAGUGCUGCGCUAUGCGCGCUAUGUGAUAUCGUAUAUGCCAUGAACGACAAAGUAUACCUUCUGUAUCCCUUUUCGAGCAUUGGACUAGUGACUGAAGGCGGGACCUCUGUCACUUUACCUAUGAAGUUGGGGAGCAGUGUAUCCUUUGAGAGUUUGAUGUUCAGUAAGCCAAUAAAAUACGACAAACUGGAGGGUACCAUCAUUACUAAAAAUUAUGAGAUGAGCAAUACCGAAGAAUUCAACGAGGCCGUUAUGAAAGACUUGAAAUUGAAAGUCAAAGACUUGCAUUGGCCCAGUGUGCUUGGUAUCAAGAAACUGGUGAAGGAAAACUAUGUUAGAGACCUCGAACGGGCUAACUCCGUAGAAGUCAACGAUGCGAUAAAAUACUGGGUCAAGGGAAUCCCACAACGAAGCUUCAAACAGUUGAGCCAAAAACAAAGGAGGCAUAAGCUUUGA